GGGAAUGGGACAGACAGAGACAGAGGUAGACAGAGGUGUGACUCAGUGGAAGAUAGACUCAGGGAAUCUUUUAGCGAGCUGUUAAUUCCAAUGUAUGUUCAGAAAACCAGAAAGAGCCAAAACUACCGGUAUAUUUUCGUGCGUUAUUAGAAAGUAGCCUACCCUCUUAAUUCCUAAGUUUUACCACACUUCUCUUCCAGGCUGAACAGUUAUUCCGAGGUAGUGUCCUCUGUGGAGAUUUCUUUUCCUCCGCAAGAGACACUAAAGCGCCCGGAAUACAAUGAUAAGAAAUUUGGAGGUUUGGGUCACCUUGGUGGCUGCUUCUCUGCUAGUUAAGGGGUCCUUUGGAGGUUAUGGAAUGAGUAUGUUUGCCGCCCAGUCGUCCCCGCCAGACCCAUGCUAUGAUGAGAACGGCAACCCAAGGAGGUGUAUCCCCGAUUUCGUGAACUCUGCUUUCGGGAAGGACGUGCGCGUUUCCAGCACCUGUGGAACCCCGGCCGCAAGGUACUGCGUCAUGACCGAGAAAGGAGAAGAAAGGACUAGGGAUUGCCAUACCUGUGAUGCCGGGGACCCAAAGAAAAGUCAUCCCCCCGCGUAUUUAACUGAUCUCAAUAACCCUCACAACCUCACCUGUUGGCAAUCAGAAAACUAUGUCCAGUAUCCUCAGAAUGUCACUCUCACUUUGUCCUUGGGUAAAACAUUUGAGGUCACUUAUGUUAGCUUGCAGUUCUGUUCACCCAGACCCGAAUCUAUGGCUAUCUUCAAAUCCAUGGACUAUGGCAAAUCCUGGGUACCUUUCCAAUUCUACUCUACCCAGUGCAAGAAGAUGUAUAACAAGCAGAAUAAGGCGGCAAUUACCAAGCAGAACGAACAAGAGGCGAUUUGCACUGACUCUCACACGGACAUGCAUCCCCUGACAGGUGGGCUCAUUGCGUUUAGCACCUUGGACGGCAGACCCUCCGCGCACGACUUCGACAAUUCUCCUGUGCUACAGGACUGGGUGACAGCCACGGACAUCAAGGUUGCGUUCAGUCGACUGCAUACGUUUGGGGACGAGAACGAGGACGAUUCCGAACUGGCAAGAGAUUCGUACUUUUACGCGGUAUCUGACCUGCAGGUUGGCGGACGGUGCAAGUGCAACGGCCACGCUUCAAAGUGCGUGAAAGAUAGGGAAGGAAACCUGGUAUGCGAUUGCAAGCACAACACCGCGGGGCCAGAGUGUGACAGGUGCAAACCUUUCCAUUAUGACCGUCCUUGGCAGCGCGCAACUGCACGAGAGGCAAACGAAUGUGUUGCCUGCCAUUGUAACCUGCAUGCCCGGCGCUGUCGUUUCAACAUGGAGUUGUACAAGUUGUCCGGUCGGCGGAGCGGAGGAGUCUGUCUCAACUGCCGCCACAACACUGCCGGACGCCACUGCCACUACUGCAAGGAGGGCUUCUUCAGGGACAUGUCAAAGGUCAUCUCCCACAGGAGGGCCUGCAAAGCAUGUGACUGUCAUCCAGUGGGCGCAGCUGGAAAAACCUGCAACCAAACCACCGGGCAGUGCCCCUGCAAGGAUGGCGUGACUGGCAUCACCUGCAACCGCUGUGCCAAGGGCUACCAGCAGAGCCGGUCUCCCAUCGCCCCCUGCAUAAAAAUUCCCGUUUCAUCUCCCACUGCCACAUACACCAGCUCUGAGGAGGCCUCAGACUGUGAUUCUCACUGCAAGGCAUCCAAGGGCAAGCUCAAGAUCAACAUGAAAAAGUACUGCAAGAAAGACUACGCUGUUCAGGCACACGUUCUCAAGGGAGACAAGGCAGGAGAAUGGUGGAAGUUCACAGUUAACAUAAUCUCCAUCUACAAGCAAGGUGAACACCGCAUCCGGCGUGGCGACCAGCUCCUUUGGGUGCGUGCCAAGGACCUGGCCUGCAAGUGCCCCAAAAUCAAGCCUGGCAGGAAGUACCUACUGCUGGGCACAGAUGACGAUUCACCCGGGCAGAAUGGCAUGGUGGCGGACAAAAGCAGCCUGCUCGUCCCCUGGAAGGACCUGUGGGGCCGAAGACUGAGGAAGUUCCAACAGCGCGACAAAAGGGGCAAGUGCUAAAGGGGAGCCAGAGAAGGGGGCGAGUGGACUCACCUUGAGUCAGUGGAACAAAGGAGGAAGAGAGAGAGGAGUAAACACCAGAGGGAGAGAGGAGGUAGAGAGGUGAAGACAGAAAGAGAGAGGAAGUGACUGAGUGCUGCUACUUUGAGUGGAAGCAAAAAAGAGGAUAUUGGCGUUUUAGGGACAUUUGUGUGAAGGAGCUAUUUUUACAGUUGUCAUUCUGUUUGUCCUUCAAGUUUUGUUUUGUUGUGGAAUUGCAGAGUUUGCACCUAAUAUUUCAGAUAAAUUACAUGUGUUUUUGUUUUAUUCAUGAUAGUGUUAUUUUUAUAUUUCAAGUUCAUUUCUACAGAACAUUAGAAAAAAUCUACUGUAUCACAUUUCUGUGUUUAAAGAUGCUAUAUGGGGGAUUUUUUAUACGUGGUGUAAAUGUAUGUCCCACCCAUAAAAAAAUAACUUAUAGUAGUCUUCAAAACAUUACAAUACAUUAUGAUAUGUUCUAUUGCAUAUGGUCUAUACAGAAGUGGUUGUCCCAAACCCUGACUCCAAACAAAUGAGAACUUUUAAACACUUAAACAUGAUGUUUUAAACACUUUCCUCAUGAUGUUGCAGUAGUGACACAUUUAGUGGGGUGGUAUGGAAUUAAGAAAUAUUUUAAAUAUGCAAUACAAAGCUCUCCCUGGGAUGUGCUAAAAGUGUGGAGAAAGUUUGAAGACUUGCUGAAAGUGUUGUAAAAAAAGGCUAUACAUUAGAAAUGUUUUUAAACUCCAGUAUACACCACUUUUGUAAAACAACCUGUGUACGAAUAUAAAUUUAUGGUGAGGUCAAAAGAUUAUUGGACACAUUUUGUUUUGGCUCUGUACUCUAGCCCAUUGGAUUUGAUACAAUAACGAUGAGGAUAAAGAGCAGACUGUCAGCUUUAAUUUGAGUGUAUUUUCAUAUGUAAUUGUUAAAAUGAAAGCAUUUGAUUAAAAGGUUCUAUUUAAAUGAACCUAUAGUAUUUGGACAAAUACAUUUGAAAGCUGUUUUUGUUUUUUUGGUCCCAUAUUCCUAGCGCUCAAUGACUCCAACAAGCUCGUAGCUUUAUAUGCUUGUUGGGUACAUUGCUGUUGGUAUUGGUUGUGUUUCAAAUUAUUUUGAACCCAAUGGAAAUGAAUAGUUAAUGUAUUUUGGAAUUUGUAAUGUUUAUUUUAGAAUGAGAAUGGUUUUAUGUAUAAACAUUUUUCAUGUACAUAAUAAUAUUGAUACUCUUGGUAUCAUACACUUAAUUGUUUCAAAAUAUAUUUCUUCUUUAGAAUAAAACAUGCAUUAUUUACUAUACAUUUCUAUUGUACAUAAAAUAUUAUUAAAUACAAGAAAAUUAUAUUGUUAUUGUUUACUUAGAACAUGUGACCAAAUACCAUGUCUUUGGACUACUUUAAAAACAUAGAAGUGAAUUUGUCUAAAUACAUUAGUUCCUCUAAAAAGUGUGGUCUGUUUUAACAGUUCAAUGCAUAUGAAUGAAAAUAAUUCACAUUUAAGCCAUCUGCACUUAAAUGAUAGUCAUGAUAUCAUUUUAAGAGCCAAACAAAAUUAAAUAGAAAAUAAAUGGAUUCACAGUUCUAACAAUCUCAUGACUUGAGGGGAAUCUCGCUUAUGCUUAAACAGUGGGUCCAGCCUGAAAGACCUUGAGAUGAUGAACUAUGUACUACAAAAUGUUAACACUUUAAACCGAUGGUUCAAACUAGGUUUUACUGUGGUUUCAUCACAUAAAAUUGGAGAUAGAAAGCAAGCCAUUUACCCUUCUUCUAAUGUGUGUGACCUCAAUCUUACAGCUGAUCCUAUAUAUUACACAAUCAAUUGCCAUGAAGAAACUGCUGAACAGAGAAAGAGUAUUAUUGAUACACUGCCAUCCAUAGAUAUCCUUCCCACCCUGACAGUUGUUUUGCAGGGGGCAAAAUAAAAGCACCAGUAGGCAUGCAAUGUUAUCUUUAGUUCUGUUCACCUAGAAGAACUAGAAUACAUUUGAUCAUGCACUUAUGUUUUGUAUUUUAUUAUUCUGCUUAGGAUUUCACCCCCAAAUACAAACUAACAUGGUAAAAACUGUGAUAUGUACUUAUCAAAUGUAUGUCCAUUCAUGAUGUUGUAAGAUGAGACCACACAUUUGACUGAUUAUCUGUGCUGCCUUUGGCCAUUGAUCCUGGAACCAAAUGUCCACGCUGCCUGCUUGAUUGAGCCAUUUGGUUUGCUAUCCUGUUCACAUGAUUAAAUACAAAGUACUGCUGGAAAAUGUUUCUUAGCAUUUACUUGGUUCUACUUCUAAAGGACUGGUAAGAAAAGUGGAGGACAAGCUCUAAUCAUCCACAGACUUGUUUGAUAAGACUGGGUUAUUCAACAGUGAAUCACGUUGUUGUUUGAAAAAAAUAUAUGUUUAAAGACAAAUUGAAAGGACUGUACGUUUUCUUAAAAUAGUAGACGUAUGCAUACAACGUUGCUAAACAUAUCAACGUGUGGAGGUUGAUAAAGAUAACCCGCGGAGUGAUGCAUUUUCACAGGAGUCAAACUGUGGGAUCAACACAAUGUCCACGUUGCAUUCCUUCUCCAAACCUCGCCCGGCAUUACAUUUUCAAGAUGUUACCCGCUACUCGACAAAAGUGGCGAACAUCAGUUUAAAUGUUCUGUAUAUAUAUAGUUGUAUAGACACUAUUUGUUCUUAAACAUGUGCUAGAUUUAUGUCUAUAUGUUCUUAACCACAGAUUUACAUACCAUAGGCUUAAUAAAAUGUUGUUAAAAAGAGGAAGAUUUCUCUUUUUUAUUUACGAGUUAUUCAUACCCAGACGUGUUUUGCAGGAGAGGUGUAUCUUCAACCUGUCAAAUACAAUUCCUUAUGUUUUGAUUGUUCUGUUCUAAUCUACUUCAAUUGUAUAAGUGCAUCCUUCUCUGGAUCUACACAUAUCAAAGCUGUCCUUUGGUCAACUGUGUACAUUAAGACUAGUUUCCUACACAGGAGAAUGGUACUCAGUCAUGACCAGAUGUCUGCUACAGAAAUAUUGCUUGUGUUUGUAGUUGGGCUUGUAAAUGUUGUUUAGCUUUGUCCAUCACAAAAGGCUGUGUGAUGUCUUGUAAUACAUACUAAUAUAUUAUGUUUAUCACGAAUGAAUAUAUUUAAUGACACAUGAAACAAAGUGGCUUUUGCUGUUUUUUGGGGGUUUUACUCUUUGCUUUGGAUAAUAGAUGACUGUAAUGAAAAAUUAAAGGUCUGUAGCUAUUGAACAGCCUUGUAGAUCUGAAAAUUAAUUCAUCUGAAAUAAA